AUGACCAAUAAAGUAACUGCUGUUGUGGCACAAAUGAAGGUCGAAGACGAACUUUACCGGUUUAAUAUCGAUCAAGUGAAUAAUUUCAUCAAUUUUUAUAACAAUUAUGGCCGCAGACUGUAUUUCUUGGAAAAAGGUUUGGACGUCGACAGGUUUUACAAUCCUACCACUGAGAUAGCUCCUGAAGGUUGCCUGAUUUGUGAGAGUGUGGAUGAGAUUGAGUAUAUUCGAAAUCAAUUCCAGAGACUCUGUGAAAUCAACAUGAAAAUGCUCAAGGAACACAUGGAGCAAACAAAACCUUCAACUUCCAUGAUCGCAUUGAUGAAGGCCAUCAUGAAGCUUGGUAGGCAAGAACCGGGAAUGGAGUUGGGAAACAGGAAAUUACUCUAG